AUGCGUGGCCAUUGCCGUCGUGCGCAGCGAGGACGCCCGCCGCAAAUCAGCCCGAUUGUCGGCUUGGCUCUUACCGCCAUCUACAUCGAAACAGCCUAUAUCGGCGUAUCAUGCCCACCCACUCCGAAGGACAACUUUCAGAUAGCGAAAGACCCCGCCAGCCAGCCGUGGCUAUGCCGCACUGGUCUCAAGUCUUUCGCGCUCAGAUGGCUCCCUUAA